CCCGGUACCCCAUACACCCUGGUGCCCCAUAUUCCUGGUACCCCACAUGCCCGGUGCCCCAUAUGGCCCGGUACCCCCUAUUCCCGGUACCCCAUACACCCCGGUACCCUGCAUGCCCGGUGCCCCAUACACCCUGGUGCCCCAUAUUCCCGGUACCCCACAUGCCUGCCACGUCCCCAGCACCUUCCUGCCCGCCCCGCUGCCGGACGAGGGCCCCGACGAGCCCGACGGCACCCACUUCGUCUUCGGAGAGCCCAUCCCGCGGAAGAGGAAGGUGGGAUGGGGUUUGGGAAGAGGAUGGGGCUGA